CCUAAAUCUCCUUGAAUUUGGUAAAACUGUUGACACGUAACCGACCAACCCCAUUUGCCUAUGGCCUUCAUUUCUGUCCCAAAAAUCUAUUUAUAGUAUCUUUUUCCCCUCUUCUUAUCUUACACAUGUUGACCUGUCUUCUGCACGUGAGGGCUAAUCCCGUCAUUUCACUUCACCACCGCUCAAAUAUAAGUACCUGCAUGAAGCUCCAUUAAUUUUGAAUCUAAAUCUUCCCUCCCACAUGCAAACUGUGUAUAGAGACAGAGAUUAGAAAGAGAGAGAAAAACAAUCAAACAAGGAAAAAAGAAACAGUAGUAAUGGUGGGCACAAGAAGAAUGAUAGCCUUACUUUUUCUAGUUGCAGUUUUCGCCUCCGCCGCCGUCGACGGCUGCACUCCGUCGGACAGGGCGGCGUUGCUCGCCUUUAAGGCGGCGCUAAACGAACCCUAUCUGGGCAUAUUCAACUCGUGGAAAGGCUACGACUGCUGCCACGGCUGGUACGGCGUACAAUGCGACCCGGAGCUCCGGCGCGUCGCCGACAUCACCCUCCGCGGCGAGUCCGAGGAUCCCAUCUUCCAGAAGGCUCACCGGACUGGUUACAUGACCGGGUCAAUCUCUCCGGCGAUUUGCAAGCUGGACAGGCUGUCCAGCUUAAUUAUCGCAGACUGGAAGGGCGUUUCGGGCCCCAUUCCGGCUUGCAUCUCGUCGUUGCCGUUUUUACGGCACCUUGACUUGACCGGGAACAGGAUUUCCGGCGAAAUCCCGGCGGAUAUUGGAAGACUCAGUCGGCUUGCAGUGUUGCAUUUGGCGGAUAAUCUGAUCACGGGUCGGAUCCCGAGGUCUUUGACGAAUUUGUCCUCGUUAAUGCACUUGGAUCUUCGAAACAAUUCCAUCCGGGGGACAAUUCCGAGGAAUUUCGGGAAAAUGAAAAUGCUUAGCCGGGCUUUGUUUAGUCACAAUAGGCUUCAAGGAUUCAUCCCGGGUUCGUUUUCGGCUAUUUAUCGGCUUUCGGAUCUGGAUCUUUCGUUCAACAGGCUUUCGGGUCCUAUCCCGGAAUCGCUUGGUAAAAUGUCGGUUUUGGCCACGUUAAAUCUGGACGUGAACUAUAUUUCCGGCACCAUCCCGGCCAGUUUGGUAAAUUCACGAAUCGGGACGUUGAAUUUGAGUAGAAAUGCAAUCGAGGGCCCCAUUCCGGAUGCAUUCGGGCCAAGGUCAUAUUUUACGGUUCUUGAUUUGUCAUACAAUAAGCUUAAAGGAAACAUACCAAAGUCCAUUGCAUCGGCGACUUUCAUCGGCCACCUCGACGUUAGUCACAACCACCUUUGUGGGCCGAUUCCGGCGGGUUCGCCGUUUGAUCAUCUUGAAGCGUCGUCGUUUGUGGCCAAUGAUUGUUUAUGUGGGAAGCCACUCAAAGCUUGUUGAUGAGGAGAUGAGCUAGCUCUUUCUGCUAGUUGAUUAAUUAUGUGUAUGCUAAUUCUUACUGUGGAUUUAUUUCCUUAUAUUUUCUUCGUUUUCUUAUAUAGCACUUAAGACGAUGAAACUGCUUGUUUCCAUCAUCAUGUCAUUAUGUGACUACCGAUAAUAUCAUUGUAAUAAUUAGCUUUCGAAGCUAAUUUUUUGCCGCUCGAGACGACAAGAUUAUGUUUAACAGUUGAAAUGUGAAUGUUCAUAGUAUGAAUAUAAUAUUUGGCCUAAAUUAACUGUAGACGUUCAUUUUUGUUCUUAUGAAUGAGAGCAUGUCAUAUAUUCC